AUGACGAAUCCACGCAGCAUUCUUUUGCUGCUUCUCGUAGUCCUUACCGCACUGGCUGCCAUCAACAGCGCCUCGGCUGAGAAGAAUAAGAAGCAACAGCAGAGACCCAGACCAGGUCCAAAUCAAGGGGUUCAGCCAAAUCGACGCCAAAAGCCACAACAGCAGAAUCCCCCAAAGCAGAAGCCUAAUAAUAACAAAAAAUACAAGGUGUUCACAGCAACGCUCAAGGAUUUGGGCACGAUUCGCGGACGCACCUUGGUCACAGAUUGGACGGGUCAGACAGUUAUGCAGUUUCUAGACAUCCCAUAUGGCAAAGCUGCGCGUUUUAAGGCAGCGGAACCGGUGUCACCUUGGAAGGGCAUUCUGCUAGCACAUCGUCCUCACGCCGGUUGUCCCUCCAUACAGGACCUGGGCAAGUUUGCCAAACUGGAGGAGGACGACUACGAUAUCGAGAACUGUCUGCGCCUCACAGUCAAUACCAAAUCGCUAGAGGAGGGUAAGCGUGCUCCUGUCAUGGUCUAUGUGCAUGGUGACUUUUUCUAUGAUGGCGACACUGUGGAGGCUGCGCCUGGUUAUCUGUUGGAGCGCGAUGUGGUCUUGGUAUCGGUACGCUAUCGUCUGGGACCCUUCGGGUUCCUGUCCACUCUUACCGAGGAUAUGCCCGGCAAUGCGGCAGUCACUGAUGUCAUUUUGGCCCUUAAGUGGAUACAGGAGCACAUCUCCGUCUUUGGAGGUGAUCCACAGCGAGUGACACUCUUUGGCCAGGUGAGCGGCUCUGCACUCAUCAAUGUGCUGACCCUGAGUCCAGCAGUGCCAAAGGGUCUGUUCCAUCGCGUCAUCUAUAUGUCAGGCACUGCACUCUCGCCUGCUUUCAUCACGGACUCACCGGUGAAGGCGACUAAGGAAAUUGCCCACAUCGCCGGCUGCAAGCAGCCGAACAAAAUUGACUCGAUCAACAAAUGCUUCAAUCGCAUGAAUGCCACCAUGCUGCUGGCUGUCUUCGCUCUGCAUGGAGAGAACAAGCCGGCGUUGAAUGCCGGUGCCUAUGGCGGUGUCCAACUGGUCAUUGGCGGCCCAUCUGGUAUUCUGCCAGAACAUCCGGGUCGAUUGCUCGCCGCCGAAAAGUUCGUGGCUUAUCCCACUCUGGGUGGCAGUGUCAAGCAUGGCGGAACCUUUAUGAUGAGGGACAUAUUUGUGGACACCUUUAACGAAAGCAUAUCAGAUUCCAAAAUGGAUGGACCCAAGUACAUUGAUACGAUUAUUGAACAGGUCAAUGGCGUCGAUCCCUCAAGCAGUUGGCGGGAGUUUGCCGACGAGUAUAUUUUCGAUGAAGCAGACGUGAAGAACGGCAGCUUCAGGCGCCUCACACCGGGUCUAAUUGACCUGUGUGGCACAAUUGGGCUGAAGAAUCCCGUUCUCUUGACGCUGCAGGCUAAUGCCAAGAAAUUGGAAAAUAGCACCUAUUUGUACACCUUUGACUAUGAGGGAGAGCUGAAUCGGUAUGCCACCAGCGAUGAUGAUGCCAUUGAUGUGCCCUUUGACAUGGGCGUCAGUCUGGCCGACGAGAAUCUCUAUCUGUUCCCCUGGCCACGCUUCAACAUGCUUAACUCAAACAGUGACUUCAAGAUAGCAAAGCGCUUGGUGUCCUUGUGGACCUCCUUCGCUGCGGACGGUGUGCCCCGGGCAAAAGGUGUACCCGCCUGGUCACCCAUGAAAGAUGAAACGGGACCAUAUAUGCGUAUUGGACGCACUGUCAGCUUCGGUGACAAUUACCUGGACGAGUAUAGCAUUGCGGUGCAGGAGGUUAAAGUGGGCUAUAACCUAGUCAACGAUGAUUAUUAUGAACUGGAGGCAGUGCUACGUGAUGCCCUCAAAAAGGAGGAUAAACUGUCUGAAUCUGAAACCGAGGAUGAGGAGGAUGAGAAUGAGGAAGCCGACAAUGAGGAGACCUCUGACAACGAAGGGCGUGGUGAACAUUUGGUUUUCAUUGCAAGGAAAUCGUUACGCUUCGUCAAAGCAUCCAAACCCUCAAAUUGAUACUAAUUUCUUAUA